GCGUUGCAAUGGCACACGACAAUGUUGACGAACUUUUUGAGAUACGAACAGCUUUCUUUACCGGAGAUUAUCAACAUUGUAUUAACGAGUCCCACAAAUUAAAGAGUUCUAAUCAGGAGACAAAGAUCCAGCGAGAUGUGCUAAUGUACCGUGCUUACCUGUCUCAGAAAAAGUAUGGGGUAUGUUUGGAUGAAAUCAGUUCUGCUAGCCCAGACGAGCUACAAGCAGUGAGGAUGUAUGCAGAUUAUCUGUCGAAUGAAUCAAAACGAGAUUCGUUGGUGCGUGACCUUGAUUCAAAGAUGAGCGGAAGCUUUGACGUCAGUAACAGUACCUUCCUGGUGAUGGGUGCUUCUAUAUACUACCAUGACCAGAAUUAUGAUUCAGCACUUCGUACUCUACACCAGUCUGACAACUUGGAAUGUCUGGCCCUUACAAUACAGAUCCUGCUGAAACUGGACCGGGUAGAUCUAGCAAGGAAAGAACUCAAAAGGAUGCAAGAGGUUGAUGAAGAUAGUGUUUUGUUCCAGCUGGCACAAGCUUGGUUCAAUUUAGCUGUUGGAGGUGAGAAAUUCCAGGAUGCCUACUACAUAUUCCAAGAGCUGGCAGACAAACAUUCUCCUACUCCCCUCCUACUCAAUGGUCAGGCUGCAGCUUACAUGGGGCAGGGCAAGUUUGAUGAUGCAGAGUCAGUACUCCAGGAGGCUAUGGAUAGGGAUUCCAAUAAUGCUGAGACAUUGGUUAAUAUGAUUAUAUUAUCACAGCAUCUGGGCAAGACACCAGAGGUGAGCAACAGAUACAUUUCCCAGUUGAAGGAUUCACACCGAAGUCAUCCAUUUGUUAAAGACUAUCUACAUAAGGAAAGUGAAUUUGAAAGAAUAUCAAGGAAUUAUUCAGCAACAGUGACAUCGUAGCAACUUCCUAGGACUUGUUCAUUGGAAAUGUUUUCAGGAGCAACAAAACCUGAGGAAUUGAUAUCCAGAUUUCCAAAUACAGCAAAGUUGAACACUGUAAAUCGGAGGACCAUGAAGAUUAUUCUGCAGUGUAAUUUAAAUGACAAUACAUGUACUUUUGACGGUAUAGUUCAAGAUGUAUUGUUGCUACCAGAUCAGACUGACUAAGCAUCAGUGUUGAUGGACUGUGCUGUUAGUUGAAUAUCAAGUUUUAGCAUUCACUACUAAAAGAUGAAAUUUCUUGGAUUAAGCUGUUUGUUUUAUUAUCGAUAAUGAUGAAAAAUAAACUCUUGGAGAGAAUUAAAAUUGUGGUUUACAAAUGAAGGUAUGGGAUGGCACUUACUUUGACAACAUAUAAUAUGUAUUUUGUUUUGACAAUUUUUGGAAUACUUUCAUUUUGUCUAUGUACAUGUAUAUGUGUUGUAGUCAUUAAAUAUGUGAUAACCAUUGUA